GAAAUCCGCGUCGACCAGUUCAUCUCUAUAUCUGUAUCCUCAUAAGAUUCUCACUACAUCCUUAUAAAUAGAGAGUCCACCCUAGGAAAAUAACACUUCCAAAUAACGACAACCUCUACAUCGAUCAAAUUCGAUUCCAGAUCGUCGACCAUGUCUUCCUCAUCGGAGAACGUGACUAUCAAGCUGAGGACCUCAGAAGGUGAGGCCUUCGAGGUGGACAUGUCCACAGCAUCGCAGAUGACGACCAUCAAGAACUUGCUCGAUGACGGAGGAGACUGCACUGCCCAUGAGUUUCCCCUGCCAAACGUGACCGCCCCGGUCUUGGCGAAGGUGAUCGAGUACUGCAAGAAGCACGUCGAGGCCAACAAGCAGAAGCUUGACAAGGGAGCGCUCAAGGCCUGGGACUCGGAGUUUGUCAACGUCAACAGGAAGACCAUCUUCGAUCUCGUCAUGGCGGCCAACUACCUGAACCACCGCGGCCUGCUCGACCUGACAUGCGAGGCUGUGAAGGACAUGAUCAAGGAUAUGAAGGUGGAGGAGGUUCGCACCCUAUUCGGUAUCAAGAACGACUUCAGCGAAGAGGAAGAGGAGAAGUUGCGACGAGAGAAUGCGUGGGCUUUUGAGUGAUUCUUUCGUAGUCAUAGUAAGAAAGAUGCACGCGAACAAAUAUACAAUUAACAAAGAAGUACAUAUGCUCAUGAUUUUCUGUUUCUUUUGUUUUUUUGUUUUUUUUCUUUUUCGGGUAGGACGUCAUGAAUUGCAAUGGAGUUCUUUCCGCGCGGUUUA